GGUAUGUUCUGAGGUGCAAGUUUUUAUAGUCGCUGCACCUUUCAAAGCGGCUCAGUGUUCAUCCGGCCGUUGAGUGGAUCGCAUCAUGUUUUUCCUUAGUGUAUUCGUGUUAACUAUCGCUCUGACAACCGCUACCGACGUACAACAAUGUCCCGGCAGCUCUGUUGAGAAUUUAAAGGAAAAUGUCCAACUGUCACCGUGCAGCCGACUACCCUGCCGUCUCAAGAGAGGGUCGAAGCAAUUCAUUACCAUCACAUUCACACCUGAGAGCGACCUACCGGAUCUUAAGAACCAAGUGACAGCUCUGCUGUUAGGAAUUCCUUUUCCGUUCGUGGGAGUCGACGGAGUCUCGGUCUGUGACAAGCUGGAGAAUGAGAAAGGCGAGAAGGUCUCUUGUCCCCUCAAAGCGGGGACCAAAUACGUAUACAAGGACUCCUUCCCAGUUCACAACUUCUACCCAACAGUGGACGCCAAGGUACACUGGGCGCUCAGCAACGAAGACAAGAAUGUCAUCUGCUUUGAAGUGCCCAUCAAGAUUAAGUAGAUCUUUAAGGUUUAUCGUGCUUUGUGAUACAUGUCAUGUAAUUAAUUUAAGAAAAUAGAAUAAGUUUUCAAACGGACGUUUCCAACAGAAAAAACUAUCAACAAUCUCGAUAACAUUUCCAUUGUCAUUUAUACAAAUUACAACCACUGAUAAAUCUGUUCUCCAUUAGUGAGUCAACAACAAUUUGAUUGACAAACUAAUAAACUGUAGUUAGUGACGAUGAGAACUCGUACUAACGGUGACAGUCCACAAAAAAACUCGCUUAUUGCCAGUAUUUUUUAAGUCCUAACUCACUUAACACUCACUGAAACGUGCAAAGAAUAUUCGUAUGGUAUAUACAUAUAAGGACAAAUGAAAAUAGUUUUAAGAUUUUUAUAUUUUAUAAAAUACAUAAUAAUAAUGAAUAGAAAAAGAAUAUUAUUUUAUAUGUAUGUAUUUAAAAUACAUUCCGUCAUUGGACUGCGAAAUAUGGUUUGAGGUAAAUAAAACAUUGUUUUUAA